AUGCCUUACAUCGCCAGGACAAAUGCACUCUCCGAGCUGGCUUUUAAUGGGGGCCUCUUUGACCCCCGAGCUGGUGCACAGCCUUCUUUUGGCAAACGGAUGGUCUGUCGGGACGUAACCAACUUUAUUGCCAACACAACCAAGUCACUCCCUUCAGACCCGAGACACGAAAGGGCUGGUGAUAGACGCAAUAAGUGGAGAGCCCCAUGCCAAAAGUCAGCUAGCGAGUACCAGGCCAAACUCGAUCGGAUCCUCGCGCAUUCGAGGGAUAUCAAACUGCCUUUAGCUGGGAAGAAUUCGGACAUCCCCGUAUCAGAAUUCGUACCAGGGCUCGUCGUCAGCGGUGGUCUCAGUCGCUCACCAGCUUUCGACUCCCUGCCUGUCGUUUCCCAUUGGGCUGACCGGACUGACGAGUCCUCGGCGGAGGACCCUGAUGCUACCGUCUGUCUUUCAUCGACAUGGAGUACCACCCAUGUCAUGGGAGAAGGAGCCACCAUGAGAUGCCCUCUAGGAGCCCCCUGCUGGUCGCUCAAAACUCACGGCAUAGGUCCGGUCGAGGUUGGCUCAAGUAAAUUUUCUCAACAAUAUCUCCCUGAAACCGACACGCUGGUGACGACCGUCAACUUGGCGCGUCGUCACGACACCACUCAAACCAAUGGAGUUAUUGACGCAGCCAUAAGCGUAUCUUGGAUGCGCAAUGCUCGCGUUGCAGACGCUGUUGAUUGUGCAACUGGCCUGCUAGCAGAUGCAGCGACUCUCUUGGCAGCGCGUGAUAGGCUGAUCAAGACCGGAAGGAGGCAGCGCCUACCGUUUGCCGAAGUACGCGCAGCCGAAUUGCCGGUAUGGUGCUCCGCUCGCAAGCCUCUCCCUCCAAAGCUGAGCGGCAUCGCGCUCUCAUCGGACCAAGCCGUUUUGGAUAUCCUCGCAGUAGAGGAUUGUGACGGGCCCCUACUCAACACCAGCAUAUUCUCUAUGGCACUAGGCUAUAACCGGGGCGUCUACGGCGGUUCGAUCUCUGGAUUGUGGGGUAUCAUGGACUCAGGUUUCGUCCUCGAUUACUCCAUAGGCAUCGAGUCUGCUGAGGUAGCGGAAAGCCUCUCUUCUGCAUUUGCGGAGGUGGCCGCUAUUGCUGAAGAAUCCGUCUCUGCCGGCCCACACAUCAGCGACAUACGGAUCGUUAAGGGGUGCGAUUAUGCAUGCUUGCGCCAGAAGACCAUCAUCGAGGAUACCCACCCUAUCUCCUCUCGCCCGUGUAUGGUCGUAUGGGACGAUCUCGCUCGGCUUGCCCGUUACAAGGUAGCUGAUGCCGUGUUCUGUCAUGUCUAUUACGAUGCCGGCGGUGGAGAACAGAUGGCUGCCAUCGCCGGCCUUGGGUGCGUUGUGCAUGACUGGGUCGAUCUUGGAGCUGAUAUAGCGUGCGCAGAAGUGAGCAACAUCAUCCCUACUUUGACGCGGGGAUCGUUGGAGGAGGAACCCUUGCUCGAGGUUUAUUCGCGAUUGCUUGGUUCCUUGAUAUGGUAUCGAGACAACGAUCCCUAUAACCCGGCAGCCCUCUGUAUUCUCUUCACCCACUGGUGGCAGCUCGCGAACUGCCGACACCGACCCGUCACACUCCUUGGCAGGACAGACCUAGGUGUGGGCGCGGGAGUCGCUGCCACAAUGCCAGAUGGGCGGCCGACCUUGGAGCACUUUCAGGCAAACGGCACUACGAUAGAGCGAGGGGAGCGCCCCCUUGCCAAUGCCGAAGCACGACUCCAAUCUGUCCUUUCAUCUGACCCAUUGCCAGAAACUCGUGCCGUCAUCGAGCUUCUGGUAGACCCUGUGCUUGCUUACAUUAGAGGGGCCGAUAGCCUACCCUCUGAAAAUGAAUACCUGGCAGCUGUUCUAGCUGCUGAAUUGGCUUACCCCCAGGGACAGAAGAUUAUGGAGUUGUGGGACCUUGCUAUCGUUAUGUGGGAAUGUGGAGCGAUGUGGGCAGCUGGAGUGGCAGGUCUUUGCUACACUCACGCAGGAAAGGCCAACUGUGACCGAGCUCGUGAUGACUUGGCUGACACCACCUGGAGUUAA